UUGACUGCUGAUAUUCAUAAAAUUUGCCUUAUGAUGCUAUAAAAAAAUACAGAAACACGUUUUCAUAAGAACCAUUUAAAUUUCAUUCCAUUUGAAUGAUUUCCAUAAUCAAAAACUAAGGUACCGAACGAACAUGCGUAUAAAUUUCAUUGGGUCGCCUUAUGAUUUUUAUAUCUGUCACUAGUGUGAAAAAUAAUCAUAUUGAAAUAAAAAAAAUGGCUACCGUUGAGUUCGACGAGCUCGUGCUAAUCGCAGAUUGGCUCACAGAAGCUCCUGUGACCUGCCUGGAUAUUUUCAAAGGUGUCGGACUUAAAACGGUUCACUUGGUCACGUUGAGUGAAAACAAUUUCAUCGAAGCCAUCAGCAGUGGACCGAAGCCAACAAUUGAGGCAAGUGAAUUGUGGUCCUUGGUGGAAAAUUGGCGCAAACGGAACGGUUUAGUCAAUGCGACGAUUGUUGACGUCAAGCCUGUAGAUAGAUCUACAGUUUCCGAACCGGUUGAAAAUUUGGAUGAAAUUCAUUCAAAUAAUGAAAUGGAGAUGAACUUCAAUAAGUGCGAAUCAUUCGAAGCUUGCAACAGCAGUUUCAAGGAUCAGGAAAAUGAAAUUGUAACAGACACUGUAGACAAAAGGGACCUGGAACAACCGAAGUGCAGUCCCAGUUUAAACCCGUUGUUGACGCCGAACAGACUACGACAACUCCUUGAGCAGUCCAUAUACGGUAAACAAGUAUUGCAGAAUGGAAAAACACAUCUGUUAUCGGACUCUGGGAGAAAACUAGUAGUUGACACUGUUGUACGAUAUCAUCUGGCUCAAAAUCGCAAAACUUCCGGUGAGAUUGUGAACGAUCUUAGUGACAUCAUAGUAGAGGUGUUUCCCAAGGAAAGCAAGGUGAAUAUUCUCAUGUGA